ACAAAACUGAUCCUCACGUAUUUUAAUAAGUAUGUGAUAAUCAGCACAUCAUCUUUUUAAAGACAGAACUUGGAAGCCUUUUGGUCUCUGACAGCCUGAGGAUUUUACUGUGUCCAAUUUGAUCUGGUGCCGAAAUGACGAAUGGAAGAAUGAGACUCAUCUUUAUUAUGAACUAUUAAGAAUUGGAGUAAAGAAUUCCUACAAGAUGGCCGCCUACGCUUUCGCUGUCGUCCUCUCACUACUCGUCGGCUGUUGCACCUCGCACCCGUCGCCGCCGCCUCCACUGGGGUGUAGUGAGAAUGUGGAGCCUCCAUACAGAGUGCUGUGUGACUUGGAGUCGGUGUGGGGUGUUGUUCUGGAGGCGCUGGCCUGCUGCGGGGGCCUCACAUCCCUGAUCCUGUCCGCGCUCCUGCUCGUCAAACUUCGCUCCAUCUCCGACCCGGCCAGGCGUUCUGGCGUGGGCCCCCUUCUGCUGCUCCUGGGCACGCUCCUUGGGAUAUUCCUCAUCUCUCUUGCGUUCCUUGUGGGAAAGAACCAGGUCCUGUGCGUGAUCCGCAGGGCCUUCUGGGGACCCCUCUUCGCCCUGUGCUUCUCCAGCUUGUUGGUCCAGGGCGUGAGGCUCAGGAGGCUGGUGGUUGGGAAGUCCAGCCCAUCCGGGAGCUCGCUGGCUGCACUGGGCUUGGCCUUGGCCUUGGUUCAGGGGAUCAUCUCUGCGGAAUGGGUCCUUCUCACUGUAGUCAGGGAGGGCCACCCGGCCUGCGAAUACCCACCUCUGGACUUUGCUCUGACGUGCAGCUACACCCUCGGGCUGCUCCUCAUUGCCAUGGGGCUCUCUCUAGGGGUGGUGUUGUGCGGGGGAGAGUUCGGGGUCGAGGGGCCACCUGAGUGUGAGGAGGACAGGGACGGAGAGAACGACAAAAGGAGAUGGAAGUGUAACGCAGUGUGGCUCUUCCUGGCUAGUCUGGCAUCGGCAUUGCUUUGGGUGGCCUGGCUUGGCUUCUAUCUCUAUGGGAGUCAAGCAGUGAGGCUCAGGGGGAAGGCGGGGAAGGCAGGGGGAGGAGCCGGAAAGGCGGAGGACCGUCUGCUGGACGAGCCCGCUCUGGCGGUGGCCCUCGUCGUUCAGGGAUGGAUCCUGCUGCUGUUCCACGCCAUUCCAGAAAGCCACCUGUGUCUCUGGAACCGACCACAAUGCGGCACGCAGGAUUUCUUCGACACCAGCGAGACGACGCCUCCUUCGCACUUCAGAGACGAGCUCCCCGCACAUUCUCACCAAGCCUUCCAGGAGAACCAGGCCUUUUCUAUGGAGGAGCACAGUGCAACUCUCCGCAGUGGAAACUACCAAGGCGGUCGUGGAAGUGUUCGCCCCGGCAUCGCUUUCAGGGGUCAUGUCUACCAACCAACUGAAAUGGCUCUUGUUAUGAAUGGCGGAUCGAUGCCCACGGCGCCGAUUAAUUACACUGGAAGACGGCUCUGGUAAAGCUAUCGUCUGCUCCUCCAUGUUCUGAUGCCUAACCGGGAGAAAUGACUGAAUGUCAAAACAUAUCAUAAAAGAUGGAUAAUCAAUACAGUGACAGGAAGUAUUGCAGGAGGACCAAUAAAAACUGCAGGACAUGAAUUCCCCGCACGUACCUGUGCAUCUCAACUGUCCUUUGAAUGUCUCAAACUGUUUUUUUCUCGACUUUAGGCUCAUCCAUUAAGACUUAUUAUCUGAAUGACAUGUUCAGGGGUCUCCAAAUCCUACAUGGUGCCCACAUGAAUGUAACAGAAAGAAGGGUAACAUAAAAAGCCAUUUACUAUGACAUUCCCAAGCCACAAAAUUAGGUACCCCUGCAGAAUGUUACGCCCAAAACAACAGCUGUAUCAAAAAUAUAUUUUCCUCUUAUGCACCAAAGUAUAAAUCAAAGUAAACACAGUCAUCAUGAUGCAACCACAAUAACAAAACUUUUUGUGAAAUUAAUGCUUAUCUGCAGGUGUACCUAAUGGUGUGACCAGUGAAUAUACUGUACAAAUAAACUGUAAAUAUGACAUAAAGUACGAGGUUUAAGCUAUCUUGGAUGCUGUAAUUUUGCACUUUAGUAUAACUAAUUUGGUUUCUAUGUAGUAAUAUUUGAGAUUUUGUAAAAAAAAAAAAAAAAUACAAUAGUAUUUUGUCAGGAUUUUCAGUGUUUUAUAGGAUUUUAACAUCCAAAUUGAGUGGGAAACUACAAAAGAGAAAAGUUGUCCCGAUGGGAAACUGGUCCUUAUCAAUAAUUUUACGGUGUUUGACGUCGUAUCAACCAGUUUUAGUGUUUAAGCUAAGGAUUCCAAAAGUGAAAGCGUGUGGACGACCUGCUACUCUUACAAUGUUGCUGCAAACUUGUAACAGUUGUAUUUAUUUUUUGUGCUUAAGGUUAAGAGGAAACUUAUUUACACUACUGCCAUACACAUACUGACCACUGGUGUGAUUCAAAUGUAUGAAUAACAAUAAGCUUACGUAGACAGAGCAUUUUAACCAAAAGGUCAUUGUAAUCAAAUCACUCGGAACAUUUUGGACCGAAUCUGUCUUGCUGACUAAUUAAUGAGCUAUUGUUCCGUUUACUGUAAUUUUGCUUUUGUGAGUGACAUUUUUGCUCCAAGUUUAUAUCCUACAAAUGUCAUCAUUACAUGAUUGUUAUGUACUAGUAUGAUCUAGCUUACUUUUGAUCAAUUUUGUUAUUCAAAUGUAAUAACCACUGGUAUUUAAAACCUUUAAUGAUCGAAUGGCAAUUGAUUGCACUGUCCCCGUUUUAUGGCAGCAUAACAACAAUGUUUGUAUUGUGAUUUGCAGAGUAAGACGAAUACAUCAGUGCACAUUAUCUCCUAAAUGUUGCUUUCAUUUGAUAUCUCCUAAUGUCUUUAUGAUAUGCCAUAAACUAAUUAUUUCUUCAA